CAUGUCUUCAUGGUGCUUUAGUUGAAUUCAAUAGUCCAUGCAAAGGCUUCUGCUGUGAAACCCAUGAGACCUGAGCGUGAUAUGGGACCGCUUCUUCCUUUUGAAGAGCUAGUUGAUGAUGCCAGCAUGGAUAACCCCUGCAAACCGAAGGAAGAAUGCAAUAAUAACACAGUCGAAGACUGUACUCUUCCAGAUUCACGUGCUCUGUUACAUGUUACUAACCGGAAAAAAGCACCACUCAGGAAGAAAAGUUUACUUGUGGAGAACAAUGAGUUAGAAGAACUGCAAGCAGAAUAUGAAGACUUGCUUUUAAAAUUUGAAACUCAGAAGAUUAUGAGUGAGAUAGAAGUUGAUUCCUUAACGAGAAAGUUGGCCGAGGCUGAUUUAUGUCUGCAUGAGAAAUGUAAUGCCUAUUCUACAUAUCAUCUUGAUAAAAGUACUAUUCACAGGGAUGCAACCAAAAGUUUGAGGGAGUCAGAGGCUAUUCUUGUGAUUAAGCAACUCCAAGAAAAGAUUAACAUGUUAGAGGUGGAGAAGUCUUCAAGCCAACAAAAUUUGGAUUGUGUUGUUGAGUUAGCAACAGAGCAGAACAUAUGCGCCACGGAGAAGUAUGAAGAGCUUUAUGAAGAGCUUUUAAAUGCACGGGAGGAGGCUAGAAUUGCAUGCGAACAACUUACUUCUGUGGAAUCUGUCAGGACAAUUGAUGAGGACAAUUUUGACUCCACGAUCAAGCUAUUACUUGAAGUGCAAGAAAUAACAUCAGAAGUACAGAACUCAAGAAAUCUUGCUGAGAGCGUCUCUUUGAUUGUGGAUGAACUUUUCCAGAGUUUUUCUGCUAUAUUGAACCUUUUCACUGACUUCAAGUCUUUGGCAUGCGAUAACUCGAUGCAACUAAAAUCUAUUAUUAGUAACCAUGAGAGGUUGAACCACUGUAUGAAGCACAAAGUCAAUGAACUUGAGAAUGAGAAGCUUCUUUUGCACAAUCAAUCUGUGGAUCUCCACAGUCAGAUUCAAGAAUUAAGUCAAAAGGUUCAAGAUUCUGACAAGGCAUUAUCUGAACUUUCCGAACAACAUGAUUUGGAAAAGUCUGAGCUCCUUUCUCAAAUUCGAUGUCUCGAAAAGGAAAUAUCGUGUUUAUCAUCUUCCUCCUUGGCUAGGGAAAAGGAAAUUUUGAGAAAGGAUCUCGAGAAAACAAAAACAAAGUUGAGAGAGACUGAGUCCAAGCUUAAGAAUGCAAUCCAGGAGAAAACCAAACUUGAGGGUGAAAAAGCAUGCGCAGAGAGAGAAUUAAAAAAAUUGCAUGCCCAAAAGUCUCUCCAGCGUGAUAUCAGCAAACGGGAGUCACUUGCUGGGAGGAAGCGUGAUUCCAUUAUUGACAGGAGUUCAAAUGUGUUUGAUCCGAGAAGGGCAAAGGGUCUUUCUGUUUCCUAUGACCAGACAUUCCAGGUGAAGAAGUGGGCUUCAAUUAGACACAUUGAAACAAAGUAUAUCCAUAAAUGUUCUCUUACAAUAUUUUUGAUGUAGAGAGCAAGGCAGGGGAAAAUAUGCAGAACAGCUUCAUAUGGAUCUAAAUGGACAAAUUAAGUGUUAGAUGGCUUAGCUUUAGCCAACAUGCCUAGGUGCAGACUUAUCAAUAUAUAAGUCAACUAAUCUCACCGCUCAACCUAAAUAGUGAAG